AUGGUUUUGUGCAUAGAUGGACUUGCAGCUUGGGGUAAGAAGGUGCUCGCUCAUUUCGGGACGCGGAAGAUUGCUCUGGACGACUCGGGAGUGAGAUCCGAGUACAAGGUGGUCCGACGGAAGCGCAAGAAUGCGGACGACUCGGUGCGAUCGAAACCAGCGCCCAGUAGAUUCAACACAGGGGAGACGCAAUGUCCAGACAGCCCCAACCCUAGCUGCCCCAGCAGUCCCAGCAGCCCCAGCAGCCCAGCCUGGAGCAGCGCGCGCAGCCCCAGAGUCGCUCCACAGACUUGCCCUGUCACAGGCUCGUGCGCGUCGAAUGGGGCUGGCUGCCCGCUGAAGCACGGCACGGUCUGGGCGAAUCCGUACCCGGGCUACGUGCACGGGCGCAGGCCGGCCAUGUGCAAGCACGGCUGCCAGCCCUCUAUGAAGCCUCACGGAGACGAGACGCCUCUGGCGCGGCUGCUGAGAGAAGCCAAGGAGUUCCAGGAGCUCUUCCACCGGGAGCAGGGCAGCCCGGCUGGGCAGCUGGAACUGCGCAUGGCAGAGAUCGAGGCGGAGGUGGCAAGCACCGGCACCUACACCCAUACCUCCCAGGAGCUGCAGGUGGGUGUGCGCGUUGGCUGGCGCAACGCGCCCAAGUGCGCCAACCGGAAGUUCUGGAACACCCUGGAAGUGCUGGACCGGCGGUCCGUCACCACCAACCAAGGCAUGUUUGAGGCCUGCCUGGAGCACCUGACCCGCACGGCCAGGGACGGCGCCGGCCGGGCCUACGUCAGCGUCUUCCCGGCGCAGCAUCCUGUCACCGGCUGUGGGCCGCGCGUCUGGAGCGACCAGCUGAUCAGGUUCGCAGGGUUUCAGGAGUCAGGUGAGAUUGUGGGUGAUCCGGCCAACCUGGACUUUACCACCAUGGUUCAGACCCACUUCGGCUGGAAGCCGCCAAGCAAAGGUCACUUCCAAGUGCCUAGAUAG